AAACUGAUGAACGAUUCAAAGGACGGUCAUUUGUCCUUGUCUGCAUUUCACGAAGGCACUUCUCAGGGAGAAAGAGAAGAACCGAUGGAUCCCCUCGGAUCCCAUAGAAAUCUUUCUGCCGAUUUUCGCGAAGAUACAAAUUCCAAACAUGAUAAGGCACAAAAUCCAGUUGUACGAAAUAAGAAUUUAGAGCUCAGUAGUUACUUUGCUGGAGAGCCCACUCAGGAUGAUCCAUUCGAAGCCGUUUUUCAACCGAAAGGUGGCGGAUUGCAUGAAACCCCGACAACUGCCGUUAUCAACAAGCCAGCAGCCCCCGUUACAGCGCCGGUUGCGAACAAAUCAGCGGUUUCACUCGAUUCUGCCACGCUGAAUCGUUUGCGCCAACGUGAUGCCUGGCUGCCAUCUGAGACUACCAAGAGUGCGUUAAAUCAACAAGCCCAAGGGAAGCAAUCCGCCGAUGUUGCAGAAAUCAAACCGGUCCUCUCACCUCGCGAGGGGACGGAGGCACUCUCGUCGGGAGCAGAUUUAAACAAACUGAACGAUCCCUAUCAUGCAUUGCUAUUGAACUAUUUACGUGAUGAAGCCACCGUCGAUGCCUUGCGCCACGUUCCCAAUCCAGUCGAACAAACAACAGUUGGUCCCGAAAACCUGAAGGAAUUGAUUGUAAGUUGUUCUUACGUAAAAAAACAGAAGUUGCUACAAUGGAUUUUUCAUCGUUGA